AUUUUUGUAGCUACUGAAACAGAGUUAAUUUCUGGUGGAUCUGAUAAACAACUUAUUCUUUGGGAAUGGAAUGGAACGGGAACAUGGAAUAAUCAGCUUGUGAAGAGCAUUCCUCUCCAAGGCCAUACUGAAGCUGUUUGUGCUGUGGAUGCUGUCUACUGGUCAGAUGAAUCUGAUUUAAAUCUGCUAGUAGCUUCUGCAGCUUCUGAUUUUACUGUGAGAAUCUGGUUCCGGCAAGGUUCAGAAGUUAAAUGCAUUCAGAUUUUGCAGUUUGGAAAUGGAUUUGUUAUGGAUGUUUGCUUAUCCUUCUUGCCUGGCAGCAAUGUACCAAUAUUGGCUUGUGGUGGUGACAACUGCAAGAUAAAUCUGUUUAUACAGCAGGAUGGUCAGUUUCAGAAAACAUUAAUACUCUCUGGCCAUGAAGAUUGGAUAAGAAGCAUUGAGUGGGCAGUCUGUGGUGAGGAUCUCUUCUUAGCAAGUUGUGCUCAGGAUUGUUUGAUAAGAAUUUGGAAAGUGUGUACAAAAUCGAAGCAAUUUGCAGAAACUGAAGAUGAUUCCAUAAGACUGAAAGAGAAUGCAUUUACUGUUAAAGAUACUGUUACAACAUAUGCAAUUACCUUGGAGUCCGUGUUGGCUGGUCAUGAAAACUGGGUGUAUGCAGUUCACUGGCAACCUCCAUUUUUCAAAGAUGGCAGCAUGCAACAACCAAUGAGAAUAUUGUCUGCAUCAAUGGACAAAACUGUGAUCCUUUGGGCACCUGAUGAGCAAUCUGGAGUCUGGCUAGAACAGGUGCGAGUAGGUGAAGUGGGUGGCAACACACUUGGAUUUUUUGACUGCCAGUUUAGCCCAGAUGGUUCAAUGAUUGUUGCUCAUGCUUUUCAUGGAGCGCUACACCUUUGGAAACAGGCUGCAGUUAAUAAGAAAGAAUGGAAUCCAGAAGUUGUGAUUUCAGGACAUUUUAAUAGUGUAGAGGAUGUACAGUGGGAUCCAGAAGGAGAAUUUAUUAUAAGUGUUGGUUGUGAUCAAACUACUAGACUCUUCGCUCCCUGGAAAAGAAAGCACGAGACACAGGUAACCUGGCAUGAAAUUGCAAGGCCUCAAGUACAUGGGUAUGACAUGCGUUGUCUGGCAAUGAUUGGCCGAUUUCAGUUUGUAUCUGGAGCAGAUGAAAAAGUGCUUCGAGUUUUUCGUGCUCCCAAGAAUUUUGUAGAAAAUUUCAGUAAUAUCUCUGAUAUUCCGAUAGAGAAGUUACACUACCAUCACUCAUCUGACCUCCCAGAAGGUGCAACUGUGCCAGCUUUGGGUUUGUCCAAUAAAGCUGUCUUUGAAGGAGAUAUGGCUAUUCAACCGGCUGAGGAUGAAGAAACAUUUAACACCAUUUCUAGUCAAUAUCCUGAGUUUUAUUUUCAACCCUUGAUCCUUACAGAACCUCCUCCAGAGGAUCACUUGCUGCAGAAUACCUUGUGGCCUGAAAUUCAGAAGCUAUAUGGACAUGGAUAUGAAAUUUUUUGUGUUGCCUGCAAUAAUUCAAACACUGUAAUUGCCUCAGCAUGUAAGGCUUCCAAAAAAGAACAUGCAGCAAUUAUUUUGUGGAGCACUACUUCUUGGAAGAAACUGCAGAGUUUAUCUUUUCACAAUCUGACUGUUACUCAGCUGGCAUUUUCUCCCGAUGACAAACUUUUACUAGCCGUUUCUAGAGACAGGAAUUGGUCACUGUGGAAGAAACUACACUCAGAGUCAGAACCAGUUUUCUGUUGCUGUGCAUACACAGACAAAAAUACAGCUGUUCACAGUCGAAUCAUUUGGUCUUGUGAUUGGACACCAGAUAGCAAGUAUUUUAUUACUGGCAGUCGGGACAAAAAGGUCAUUAUUUGGGGCCAGUGUGACUUAUCUGGUACUACUGAAUGGAAUAUGUUGGAUUCAGUCAAGCCUUGUUCAACAGUGCUGGAUGCUGGCGAUUCUGUUAUGGCAGUUAGUAUCAGCCAUGUGCUUACUCCCGAUGGAAGAUACAUCAUUGCAGUAGGCUUAGAGUGUGGAAAGAUUAACUUGCAUACAUGGAAGCGGAGUGGGCAGGAACCAGCAUUAGCUGAUUGGACCAAGUGUGUUGAGAUGGAUAACAGCCAAAGUCAUGCUCUUGCUGUGAAGCGUCUAUGCUGGAGACGACAUGAGGGCAGAGCUGGACAUAAUGAUCAGGACAGCAGCAAGUGGUUGCAGCUUGCAAGUUGUGGAGCUGAUCACUGCAUUAAGAUAUUCAGUGUCAACAGAUUUGCUCUUUAGCAAAGACAGCAGGCCUGUCUGAGCAGCAUGAAUUCACACCGUUUUAUUUCAGCUGUUUAACUGUUCUGAUUUUUAAAUUUUCUGCUUCCUCUUGUAUGAAGUAAAACAUCUGAUAUAUAACUUAUUAAAGCAACUUUUGUGGUAGUUUGAAAUGUCAAAUACUUUUCUAAUUCUGCAGGAAUUCUUCCAGGAAAUAUGAAGUAUUUUGUAUGUUUUGGUUGAUGAAUAUCCUGGAACUCAGUAAUGUGUGAGGGGAGGUACUAAAUACUUCCACUGUGUAGGAGAAAGCUAAUGAGACAGUUUUGUUCACUGUGACUCCAGGGGAUUUUUUCUGUGUUUGGGAUUACAAUAUGGAAGUAAAAGACAAUCAAUAGUAAGAAGACUAACUCCAUUUUUACUAAUUGCCGUCUUAAGACGGAAAAAGAAAGUACUCCUGAACUUUGUACAAACUCUUCAAAUCCUGCCUGGCUCACCAGGAAUUCAAACAGGUUAGAACUGGUUAGAAGUUUAGAAUUAGUUAGUUAGAAUUCCGUUUUCUUUUGUUCUUUACCUUGGAUAUAUAGCCAAUCACGAGAGUGCUAGAUAGUAGCUAUACCAGCUGAAGAAAUGUAGAUAAGCCAUUUACUUAUGCUAAUUGGGGAAGCCUCUGCCUGAUCUGUGCAUCAAACAUGCUUCCCCUGCAGCUACCUGUGUGUGUGUGUGAGAAUAAAGGCUUUCUCUGAACUACGUUACUACAAGUAGAGAUUUUCUAUGACAACAAGCAGAGCAUUG